CUGGACUUAUCAGAGAGCGUCAGCGUUACGUCCCACCACAGUAGUCGCUUCCAAAAUGUCAGGAGCCAUUACUUCAGGGACGUACCGCCAGGUUCCGUUGGUCGCAUUCGCAGGUCUCAAGGGUCGCCAUGCGACUUCGGUCCCAUCGGCGACUGUCCCCUGCCAUCCAGCGACGAAAUCGCUACUCCUUAGGUCGGAACCUCGAGCUCUUGGCUCGUUUACAGGAGCGGGCUGGGCCAUUAGGUCUAGACGACGAUCUCAGGAAGGAACAUCGUGCGGUCGAGAUUUGAGAAGCGGAUUCCGAAAUAUCCGCUGCCUUGUAGAGGCCAUCGCGGAGCAACAGAAGCCGUCCGAUGUAAAUCCACCACGCGCCGCCAGGUCUUGCGAUUCAGCGGGAGUUUCUAGGCGACGAGCCUUCCUCACGGGCGCAGCAGCGCUGGCAGCAGUCGCUGCAGGAACUGAGCCGUGGGGGACUGGAAGCCUCACGGAAUCUGGAGCCGCUCAUGCAGCGGUUCUGCCUCGGGGAGUGGGCGAAGGGCCCCUAUUGGCCGCUGUGAGCGACGAUGAUGAUGACACCGUUGUCAAACUGUUUGAGGAUGCAACAGCUUCAGUGGUGGCGAUUAUGAAUGUGGAGGUGAAUGGCGGCAGCAGGGGGAAAGGAGGAGCGGCUGAGGAGGCUGUGGAAGGAAUUGGCUCCGGAUUUGUCUGGGAUGAAUUUGGUCACAUUGUCACCAACUACCACGUGGUUGCCAAGCUGGCGACUGACACUUCUGGGCGGCAAGCUUGCAGAGUGUCCCUUCUCACCCCCUCGGGCGCCAUGCAAACGUACUCAGCUACUCUCGUUGGCACUGACCCGUCCAGAGACCUCGCUGUACUCAAGGUAGACCUAUUGCAGCCAGUGCCAGCUGCACCGGAUACAACAGCAGCAGAUGGUGCCGUAGAGUUAGCAGCAGCGCCACCAGCACCACCCCUGUACCCCAUCCCUAUAGGUUCAUCGUCUGACCUGAGGGUGGGUCAAAGCUGCUUCGCCAUCGGGAAUCCCUAUGGCCUGCAGCACACGCUCACAGCUGGGGUGAUCAGUGGGCUAGGGAGGGAGAUUCCAGCACCAACAGGGGCUGCAAUCAGGGGAGCGAUUCAGACUGACGCUGCCAUCAAUUCAGGUAACUCGGGUGGCCCUCUGCUUGACUCCUUUGGACGAAUCAUUGGAGUCAACACAGCAACUUUCACUCGAUCAGGGUCUGGCUCUUCAUCUGGAGUCAACUUCGCCAUCCCAGUUGACACUGUGAGGAGAGUGGUGCCUAGACUCAUUGUCUACGGUUCUCCUCGACCACCUGCUGCAUAGGCAUUACAUGCUGCAUUGCUAAUGCCGCAAUGAUUGCGGUUUCAAUUAAUUAUUUAAGGUCUCACUGUUAGGGCUUACCGUUAAUAUGGGACAAAUGCCCUUACGCGUUAAGUGAUGUUUCUUCUUUGACAACUUGGAUGCUUGUAUUAUUCACAAACUUAUGUG